GCCUAGGAUGCGGUUGCUCCUGGCCACCCUGAGAGGAGGAGGGUCCUGCCUGCUGGGAGUUAAUUAGCCUCGCACGCGGCGAGGGGGGAGGCGCCAGUUUUCCGGGGACACUGGCGGCCACUGUACGUCCUCCUGCCCAAGGGAGCUCCCCGAGAGUUGGAUGAAUUCUGGGUUGUUAGCUGCUGUCCUCUGGGCUCCCGGGAGCCAGUUUCUGGUGAAAAGCAGGGGGCGUCUGGCCAGCGACCAGCGGCUUGCUGAGAUUCACCAUGACACUCCUGGGGUCUGAGCACUCUUUGCUGAUUAGAAGGAAGUUCCGAUCAGUCUUACAGUUACGGCUUCAACAGCGAAGGACCCAGGAGCAGCUGGCUAACCAAGGCUUGAUACCACCACUGAAAAGUCCAACUGAAUUCCAUGACCCAAGAAAAAGUUUGGAGAGUGACAAGACUGAAGAUUCCCUAAAGCACAAGGGCAGAAACAGGUCUGAUCGUGGCAGCCUGGUUAAUAUGCACAUUCUCCAAGCCUCCACGGCAGAAAGAUCCAUCCCAACUGCUCAGAUGAAGCUGAAAAGAGCCCGCCUCGCAGAUGACCUCAAUGAAAAGAUUGCUCUCCGCCCAGGGCCCUUGGAACUGGUGGAGAAGAACAUCCUGCCUAUGGAUUCCUCAGUAAAAGAGGCUAUAAAAGGUACGGAGGUGAGUUUCUCCAAAUCAGCAGAUGCGUUUGCCUUUGAAGAGGACAGCAGCAGUGAUGGGCUUUCCCCAGACCAGACUCGGAGCGAUGACCCCCAGGGCUCUGUGGGAUCACCCCCAGAUAUCAAAGCCAUCGAGGCUCCAUUGGCUGGCCCUCUGGACACAAUCCAGGAUCUUGCUCCUGGCUCAGAAAGUGACAAGAAUGAUGCAGCCUCUCAGGCAAGCAACCAGUCGGACUCCGGGAAGCAGGGGCUCGGCCCCCUCAGCACCCCUCUCCCUGUGCAUGCUGCUGUAAAGUCCAAGUCUUUGGGUGAUAGUAAGAACCGCCACAAAAAGCCCAAGGACCCCAAACCGAAGGUGAAGAAGCUUAAAUACCACCAGUACAUCCCCCCAGACCAGAAGGCAGAGAAGUCCCCCCCACCCAUGGACUCCGCCUAUGCCCGGCUGCUGCAGCAACAGCAACUCUUCCUGCAGCUGCAGAUCCUCAGCCAGCAGCAGCAGCAGCAACAGCAGCGGUUCAACUACCCUGGGAUACACCAAACCCACCUCAAAGAACCUAAUGAACAGAUGGUCAGAAAUCCGAAUUCCUCCUCAACACCGUUGAGUAAUACUCCUCUGUCCCCUGUCAAAAGCAAUCUGUCUGGACAAACUGGUGUCUCUUCUCUCAAACCAGGCCCCCUUCCAGCAAACCUGGAUGAUCUCAAGGUGUCCGAGUUAAGACAACAGCUUCGAAUAAGAGGCUUGCCGGUGUCGGGCACCAAGACGGCACUGGUGGACAGGCUUCGACCCUUCCAGGACUGCGCUGGCAACCCUGUGCCCAACUUCGGGGACAUCACGACUGUCACCUUUCCUGUUACACCCAACGCCUUGCCCAGUUACCAGUCCUCCCCAUCGGGCUUCUAUCACUUCGGCAGCACGAGCUCCAGCCCACCCAUCUCCCCUGCUUCAUCGGACCUGUCGGCCGCAGGGUCCCUGCCAGACACCUUCACUGAUGCGUCACCUGGUUUUGGCCUGCAUGCGUCCCCGGUGCCAGCCUGCACCGACGAGAGCCUGUUGAGCAGCCUGAAUGGGGGUUCCGGCCCCUCGGAGCCCGAUGGGCUGGACUCGGAGAAGGACAAGAUGCUGGUAGAGAAGCAAAAGGUGAUCAACCAGCUCACCUGGAAGCUGCGGCAGGAGCAGCGGCAGGUGGAGGAGCUGAGGAUGCAGCUGCAGAAGCAGAAGAGCAGCUGCAGCGACCAAAAGCCACUGCCCUUCCUGGCCGCCGCCAUCAAACAGGAAGAUGUCUCUAGCUGUCCCUUUGCAGCUCAACAAGUGUCUGGGAAGGGACAGGGCCACAGCUCUGACAGUCCCCCUCCGGCCUGCGAGGCUGCUCAGCUGCUGCCCCACUGUGUGGAGUCCGCAGGUCAAACUCAUGUACUCUCGUCCACGUUUCUCAGCCCCCAGUGCUCCCCUCAGCACUCGCCCCUGGGGACCCUGAAGAGCCCCCAGCACAUCAGCCUGCCCCCCUCACCCAACAACCCUUACUUCCUGCCCGCCUCCUCUGGGUCGCAGAGAGAGAGCCACGGGGUCUCCUCACCAAGCAACAGCCAAGGGUGCGCACAGACCUCAGGGGCACAUGAAAGCCAUCCUCCUAGCUUCUCCCAACCGUCUUCCAGCCUCCAUCAGCCCUUCUCUGGUACCCAAGCAGACAGCAGUCACAGUGCUGGGCUCAACCCUUGUCCUAAAAGCCCUGUUAUCCAUCCAAAGAUGACUGGUUUGCAAUCUUCUGACAAGGUGGGGCCAAAGUUUUCAAUUCCAUCCCCAACUUUUUCCAAGUCAAGUUCAGUGGUUUCCGAGAUAACCCAGCCCCCAUCCUAUGAAGAUGCAGUAAAGCAGCAAAUGACUCGGAGUCAGCAGAUGGAUGAACUCCUGGAUGUCCUCAUUGAAAGCGGAGAAAUGCCUGCUGAUGCCAGGGAAGAUCAUUCUUGUCUUCAAAAAGUUCCGAAGAUACCCGGGUCCUCCUGCAGCCCUACCACCAUCCUCCCCAAGUCCUCAGCUCCCUUUGAACAGGCGUCUUCGGGAGGUCAGAUCUCCUUUGACCACUAUGCCACCGACAGCGAUGAACACCUAGAAGUCUUACUGAAUUCUCACAGCCCCAUGGGAAAAGUGAGCGACGUCACCCUCCUCAAGAUCGGCAACGAGGAGACGCCUUUUGAUGGAAUCGUGGAUGGCUUCCCAGGGAAGGCUGCUGAAGACCUCUUCAGCGCUCACGAGCUCUUGCCUGGGCCCCUCUCCCCGAUACAUCCGCAGUUAUCACCCUCAUCAGUGGACAGCAGUGGCCUGCAGCUGAGUUUCACAGAAUCUCCCUGGGAAACAAUGGAAUGGCUGGAUCUUACUCCACCAAACUCCACGCCAGGCUUCAGCAACCUCACCACCAGUGGCCCCAGCAUAUUCAACAUCGAUUUCCUGGAUGUCACAGAUCUCAAUUUGAAUUCCCCCAUGGACCUCCACUUACAGCAGUGGUAAACCCUUGAGGAACAAGGGCUAAGGGAGCUUGAUAGAGAUUCCAUGGAGAAAGCACACAACCAGAAACACUUGUGUGAUCCAAAAGAUGAAAAAGAAAAAAAUGGGGAGGGGGGGGAGAAAACAGCGAUGGAGGUUUUUGUGACAGUCAACCAGAACAAAUAGCAGGCAGUCAUUAAGAUAUGUCUGAUGUAAUUCCUACCAGCAUUCAGUAACUGUUGAAAACUUCAGCAAUGCACUCCAAAUUGUGCUUUCCCGGAUUAACAAUGCCAAAAUUGUCUUUUACUGCCUUUUCUCAUACCAGAAUUUUUCUAGCCCACAGUUUGUCCCAGGCAUUACUGGGACGUAAGUUCACACGACAUUUUGUCUCAGGCAUUACUGAGGCAUAAGCUCACACUGUUGACUUUUGUUAUGAAUUUACUAAACAUUCUAUGGAAGGAAAAUACAGCCUCCAGCAAGGGCAGGGAAGCCAGUGCCUCAGAGGUUCUGGAAGCCGUGUCAUGGUGGAGGCAACUUCCUACUUGUCCAACAUCUAUCUGUCAGAAGAGCAGGACCUAUUUCAGCCGAUAGAGUCCUUAAGGCAAAAGAGAGGGACAAAACCAAUCCAUUCCCCCCCCCAAAAAAAAGGCAACAGCAACUCAGUGCCCCUCAAGCCCCAAAUUGUCCCACUGGACUGGUUAUCACUGACAACAGCUAACUAGCAUUGCCCAGAGAAUCCAUUCAGAACAUGUCACUUUUUAACCAGUAAUCUGAUUGUUUCUGCCAUCUCUAUGAUCGUCAGAAAUGUAUAGAAGGUGAGAAGCUUGAAUCAAAAGAACUUCAUGCCAUGGCUCUCAAAUAUAACUACCUCUAGUUCCAAAGACUAGAAGUAAAACCAUCAGAAAGGCAACUGGAGGCCCAGGAAGUCACACUGGGGCAAGUUAGAAUUGGAGAACAAUGUCAUUUCACAUUCCAGGAAAGAAACACCAUGGAUUGUUAUUAUAGAACUAAUGAGCAGGGCCAACUCCUCUCCCUCCUUCUUUCUUUCAUAUUAUGGACAGAGGAAGCCUCAAUUCAUCAUAUUCUAACUACUUUUCUUCCAAGAUAUUGAUCCUUAACUGUUCUUUUGGAGUUGAUAAUCUCCAUCUAUCUGUCUGUCUGUCUGUCUGUCUAUCAUCUAUCUAUCUAUCUAUCUAUCUAUCUAUCUAUCUAUCUAUAAUCUAUCAUCUAUCAUCUAUCUAUCUAUCCAUCUAUCUACCUAUAAUCUAUCAUCUAUCUAUCUAUCCAUCUAUCUACCUAUAAUCUAUCAUCUAUCUAUCUAUCUAUCUAUCUAUCUAUCUAUCUAUCUAUCCACCCAUUUAUCUCUUUCUCCCACACACGGGGAAAGGAAAGAUUCUCAGCUAUAAGAAGUUGCCAUACUCCUUUUAAAGCCUUUUUAAAAAAAUAUUAAAAGUCCAAACUCUCUUACCAAACUUGUUUUUCACUUGCACAUUGAUUGGCUGCAAGCAGAAUUUACAAGAAUUUCCUUAGGAAGAAACUGGGGACGUGGCCCACUGGUCACAACGCUUGUUUUAUUCUUAUUUGAUUUAUGGACAAUCUUUGGUUUGUGUUGCUCUGGGGAAAUUGGAAAUCAUUGUAGAGUGGAGAUAGAUCAGGGUAACAUCUACGGUAGACAGCAUUUCAGUCAGGUUUCCGAAGGAAAGCGCGAUUGCACUUUGCAAACAACGGGAGGGUGAAAGACAGUGGUCUUGACAAGUGCUCCUUGUUGCCCCUGUGUUUGGUCCGGGCACAGGGGACAGAGGAAGACAACACAGAUUGCAGGAGUCUCCCAGAGGCUCACUGUGGCGCCAGUUCUAGUAAUUAUAAUGUUGCAUGCUAUAGAAUGUAGCUGUUGCUGUUUUGUUUUGUUUUUAAUUUAAAUCACAAAGGCACUGUUUUCUUCUUUUGUAAAAAAAAAAAAUUCACUGUGCACUUAUAGAGAAAGUAAUCAAAAAUGUUGUGAAUUUUUUAGAAGUUGUCUUUUUGAUAAACCAAAGAGUUAGAAACCAUUCCAUUGUCAACUUGUAAAAAAAAAAAGUUUGAACACUGAGUGUUUUUGGUGACUGCUACUCUGAGAGCCACCACCUUACUGUAGGGAAGGAAACACACAGAUGUGCACACAUAUGUAGUUCUAUACCUGUGUGUAUGGAAUAUGUGUAUACACACAGGUCCACAUAGGUAUACAAAUGCAUAUGUGUGCACAUAUCUGAAAAGUGACAUUCAGAGUGCCUGGAACCCUCAGUCUGCUGUGAAUGAUGCGUGGCCUUUGCUACUAUGAGUUGCUUAUUAACCAAUCAGACUCCACAUAUAUGACUGUAGAUGACUAAGGACUCCAGCCCAAUGCUCAUAGCCACUUGCUAUCAUGAACAAGCUCCUCCUGGCAAUGCAUAUGGAUGUGAGAGGACAGAGCAGCCUCACUGUCAGGGGCUGCUGAGGCUAGUGCCUUCUCUUGCAGAGAGUCGAAAGGGAGCAUCAACUUUGUUCUGACAUUCCUUGAUCUGCAUUGCGCUUGGAAGGGUCUACGUGAUGAACUUUGCAUUGUGUUUGUAUGUCCAUCAUCAGAACCACAAAUCCAGAGGCAAAGCUUAGCAUGAAGAUGAAGCUAUGGGGAGAAACCUUUAUUGCCACAUUCCAAACAUUGGUUUGACCUCCAAUGCUGAUGUUUCAUCUGAGUCUGGAUGAAGCUUGCUGCUCUGUGCAUUUUCCUAGGCUCCAACUGUACCAUAUAUGUUAUCUCUUUCUUGCUUCCUUGGAAAACAAACCCACACAGUGUCCUGCCUCUAAACCCCUCAUCUGAGUGGUAAUAAUUUUCUUUUUGGGAAUUCCUGCCUGAGCAAUUAGCUGGCUCUGUUUUUAUCUAGACUGUGGGAGAUUUUUAAAGAUAUUAUUCAAACUGAUACAUGCACUUCACAGUAGACGAAAGGGAAGACAGCUCUGGUUUGUUACUACAAGCCAAUACAGCUAGAAUGGGUCCCUGGAUACUUGGCCUCAGCCUGUUCCGCCAUCUCCCCAGGCCGUGUUUACCCUGUUUUAACAGCACAGGUAGGAGAUUGGAGACAAUUGGGAGAGGAUUAAGAUGGAUCAAAUACUCAUGUUUAGCUUAUUCAGCUGUUUUCUAUUGCUUUUGUUUUUGUCUUGUUUUUUAUUUUAACUUUAGGUUCUUUUAAUGCAGAGAUGGCCACCCUUGGGUUUAGCAGUGUUCCUUGGAGCCUCAAGGGACCACAUGUUUAAGACGCCUGGAAUAUCCCCUUAGGAAGGAGAGUCUUGGUCAUUCCUACUGUGGCUACAGGACAGCAGAUCCCUCUAGAUCCAAAGGAGUCCAAUUUUCCCUCAAGCAAGAUCUUCCAGUAAGCAGGACUCAGUAAUGAUGUCUCUGCUGCUAACAGUGUUAUGAAGAUAACAGGAACAGGAGAAAGAAUGCAGGAAAAAGGAGGAAAGAGAAGGAAAAGGGAGGAGAGGAGAGGGAGAAAGAAGGAGGGGGAGGAGAUGGAAGGGACAGAGAGGAAGGAGAGAAGGAAGGAAGGAGGAAAGGGAGGAAAGAAGAAAGGGAGAAAGGAAGGGACGGAAGGGACGGAAGAAAAGAGGGGCAGGGAAGGGAAGAGAGGAGAAAACCAGGGCCUAGCUUCCUGACCCAUGAACCUCUUGGUUCAGCUAUGAUGUCAGAAACAGUGGAACUCAAACUUGGAAGAAGGAAGCCCUUCUUCAGAGCGAUGGAGUGAUUCUACCUGUAAACAGGGACAUCAACACAGCCUCCAUUCAGGAAGUCCAGGUCUACCAACUGGCAGUCUUGUGCCUUUCCAAAACAUUAACUGGGGACAAAAAAGAAUAAAACCUGCCCCAAGCUCUCAAAACAGAUCUUCUUAAAAGUUAUUUCUUUUAUGCUCAAUCAAUCAGCUUUCUUAGAGCUAAUCAGGGAGUUUUCAACUCCCACGUGAUGCAUACCAUCUGGGAAGUGGCCUCUGAUGCCUGCCGUGUAUAGAGCACAAGGACUUCCAGGUUUGGUUCGGCACAGAUGUUGAUUGCCUGGGGCGCCACAGCUCCUCUAAGCAAGAAUGCCAAGACUCUUCCAGGCCCUUGCACUUGAGUCCUCUUAGCAGUCAUGAAGGGGGUGUCUUGGUUUUUUUUCAGAAACAGGAGACUGUUUUCAUGAAAAGCUCUCAGCACACAGUCUUGUCUUUUCUACCAGGGUCACAGGAUAGUAGUGUUAUCUUAGAAAUCUGCCUCUCACCAUUUAACCUGGGAGAAGUUUGGGGGAUGUUUUAGCAGAAAGAGAAGUCCUUUGGAAAUAAGGAGUGGAGGGUGGGUAUCCAUGGUGAGCCUCCCUCCAGCAGGAAAGCUUCGUAGAACCCAGUGGCCACUUGUUGCUGCUGCUUCUCCCCAGCUUCUUGCUGCAUUCCCUCAGGAAGAAGUCCAUGGAUACUGGGGCACAGUUUGGUGUCAAUUAGAAAGAAACUUCGAUCCUGGUUAGUAUAACACAGAACAGCAGAGAGGUUUAGAGGCAGAAACUUCUGAAACUCCCUAGACAGAUGACAUCAACAGACCUGGAGAGUUAGGAUGUUAAGACAAGAUGGUCCCAUACUACUGAGAGCUGAUUAGUUGUGUCUAGCAGCCCUCACUAGGAGAAGACAAUCUGUAAGGAGAUGGUUUCAAGGCAGGAAGGGAUUCGGGAAGAACUCUGCAGCUAUCUGCCAGGGAUACUGUACUAGCUGGAUUCAGCGAGCACGAGCGCGCUCCCUUCUGAUCCUAGGGAAUCAAUCAUACUCCCGCAAGCCAACCCCUGCUGGUUCUGGUGUUCAUUCCAACUACCAGCUUCAGCUUCUGGAGACUAUGCUCCCACUAGAUGCUUUAGGUGUGCUAAGGUACGAAAGAGAUCCAGAAAGCGCUUUAAAAGUUUUCCAAAGGAGCAAGACCCCCUGCUGCCAGGGCUCAGUUCCAAUGGCCUUGUCAAAAGGACCAAGGGCAAAGAAUUGCGAGGAGGUGAAAAGUCAACCCUCAGUGGAGCAAAGCAGUGUUCUGGAAAGAACAAGGAAGCAAGCUUGGUUUUCUUGGCUCCAGUGCGGCGGUGUUUUCAUGUUGUUUUCCUUUGCUCUGUAUGAUCUGAAAGAAAUGUGAUUCAUUGGGCGAGCGAGGAAGCAAUGGCUAAAAUACCAAAGUUGGCAUGUGUCCUUUUUUAAAAAAAAAUGCAUAUAUUUUUAAAUAAAAUGUUUAUUU